ACAACAUCAAAGUUUCAGUUUAACUUGUACUAUGAAUCGUGCGUGUUUGCUAUUGCUGCUUGCUGCAGCGGUUUGUUCUGUAUUUGCAGAACAAGCUCGCUUCGAUAACUACCGUGUCUAUCAGGUGUUCAUAACCUCGGAACAGCAGCUGGAGACAUUGCAAUACCUGGAGGAACAUCCAGAUGGCUAUAUUUUCUGGGAUAUGCCUGUUCAAACCAAUAUGGAACUGGAAAUGGUUGUACCUCCGCACAAGUACGCUGAUUUUGAGGCACUGGUCAACAGACUGAAUAUGAAGACACGGCUAAUGACUAAUAAUUUCCAAGAAGUUAUCGACAAUGAGCGACCAGCCAAGAGUCCAAGAAACUUUGGAUGGACUGACUAUUACUCAACGGAGCAGAUCUACGCAUGGUUGAAUGAAAUGGUCCAGAGAUACCCGAGUGUGCUAAGCAGCACAGUUUAUGGAAAAUCAUUCGAAGGUCGUGAUCUGGUGGCCGUCAAGUUAUCGCACAAAGCCAACAAUCCAGGUAUUUUCAUCGAAGCUAACAUCCAUGCUCGAGAAUGGAUAUCUUCAGCCACGGCUACCUGGCUUUUGAACCAACUGUUGACUUCUACCAGUUCAGCUGUAGUAAAUCUAGCUCAAAAUUAUGAUUGGUACUUUAUUGUUAUGGCUAAUCCCGAUGGAUAUGAAUUCAGCCGCGAUAGCAACCGAAUGUGGAGAAAAACUCGUCAGCCAUCCAGCAUUCUAUGUUUCGGAACUGACCCCAACAGAAACUAUGACUAUAAUUGGAGAAAUGGAGGUUCCUCGACAAAUGCAUGUUCCGACACCUUUUCUGGGCCAAACGCCUUCUCUGAACCGGAAACUCUUGCAAUGGCCAACUAUUACGCAACGAUUGCCGAUAAAAUCAACGUGCAGUUCUCGUUCCAUUCUUACGGUCAGUACCUGCUGACCCCAUACGGAUUUACUGGUGCUCCUGCUCCGGCCAACAAUGCCGAUCUGCAGCAAAUUGCUGCCAAAACUGCUGCAGCCAUCCAAGCUACGUACGGUACUCGAUACACCUACGGCAACAGUGCCCAAGUUCUAUACGUCACUUCUGGAAGUACCAACGAUUACUUCAUGGGAGUUCACGGCACCAAAUUGUCGUUCACUUUCGAGUUCCGUGAUACUGGAUCGUCUGGAUUUGUGCUUCCCGCCUCCCAGAUCAUACCAAAUGCACAAGAAACGCUCAACGGACUGAUUGCAUUCGUUGAUGAAGCAAAGGCUCUGGGAUACUUUUGAGAUUAAUAAUGCUUUUAUUUAAGGAUAAUAACAAUUUGUGAUAUUGAAAACGUA